UUAGCCAACUAUGGUCGCUAUGGUUUUUUUAUCCUUUAUAUCUUUCCAUUGUGAUGUCCAGAAACUUUUUUACUGGUAGUGUUAGUGUAUAUAUAUAGCCUACAGUUUAAAACUUUAAGACUCUUCUAUAGUGAUGUGUAGAGCUCAGGCCAUCUUUCAGAAGUCUUUUAUAUAGGAAGUACAAAAAAGCAAUUGAAGGCGUUACUCAGCCUAAUAUAGCAGCGAGGAAGCUCUCAAACACACAAGAACACCAGUCGUCUUCUGAUGAAUUUAGGCACUUUUUGAGGGCACGACAUUAAGUGCUGAACUUUGAUGCAGAAAUGGUUUUCUGUUGCUGUUUAUUGUCACUCUUUCUCUGGCUCAGAGUGUCACCUACGUAUGCUAACGGAUGGAACAAUGUUGUACCUAAAUCAGUGGUGGGUUUGUCUGGCUCAUGUGUGGAGAUUCCCUGUACGUUCAGCUACCCAGCAAAUGGAAAGACAAACACAAGAUUUACAGGAAUCUGGUACACAGAUAAUUAUGAGUCAACGGUAUUCCAUACAGAUACCUCAAAAAUCAGUCAGGCAUUCAAAGGACGCACGAGCCUCACUGGUGAUUUGCACCUAAACACAUGUUCUUUGAGAAUCAGCUCUCUGCGUAACAGUGACACUGGGCCUUUCUUUUUCCGGAUUGAGAUUGAAAAUUUAGACAAGUAUACCUAUUCGGCGAAUAAAGUUUCUAUAACAGUGAAAGGGUCACCAGAAAAACCUACCGUCUCUGUGAAAGAUGAGGUGACAUCAGGGGAUUCGGUGACUGCUACCUGCACUGUGUUACAUUCCUGUCCGUCAGACCUGCCUCGUGUCACCUGGAGCCAUGUUGGCAGUCACUCGAGUCUAUCACAGCCGCAAAGUCACGAUCAAUGGAAGGUUGAAUCUUACAACCUUACCUUCACUCCUUCUAGCAAAGACCACGAUAAAAACCUCAGCUGUUCUGCCGAGUUUAGAGGGAAGACAGUGACAGGCUACAAAAGGCUCAAAGUUAAAUAUCCUCCAUAUGAUGUAAAAGUGGUGACUAAACUCCCACUGAAGGAGAAUGACUCUGCAGAACUGACCUGCUCCAGUAACAGCAACCCUCCUGCGAACAGCUACCAGUGGUUCAGCUUAAAUGGGACAUUGCUAGGAAAUGGAACCACUUAUAACCUGGAGAAUGUGUCUCGUCACACUGAGGCUAUUUCCUGUACAGCCAUUAACACAGUGGGAAGAAACAGCUCUGGUCCUCAGAAAAUGAAUGUGCUGUAUCCUCCAUAUGAUGUUAAAGUGGUGACUAAAUCCUCAGUGAGGGAGAAUGACUCUGCAGAACUGACCUGCUCCAGUGACAGCAACCCUCCUGCGAACAACUACCAGUGGUUCAGCUUAAAUGGGACGUUGCUAGGAAAUGGAACCACUUAUAAACUGGAGAAAGUGUCUCGUCAUACUGAGUCUAUUUCCUGUACAGCCAUUAACCCAUUUGGAAAAAACAGUUCUAGUCCAAGGAAACUUAAUAUUUUAUAUCCUCCUGAAAUUAAAAGCGAAUCAUCUUGCCAGGGUGGUAUUUUGACAGUCUGUGUCUGUAUUGUGGACUCCAACCCUCCCAGCGAAGUCAAGUGGUUUGAUCAAGAUUUCUCGAAAACCUUCCCCAGCUCCAACAUCAAACAAAAUGAGUAUCGUACCAUAAUCACAAUGCAAAACUGGCAGGGUUUACCAGAGAAUGUCAGUUGCUUUGCCAACAACAGUUUGGGAAACUCUUCUAUCACUUUGGCAGCUCCUCUAAAUGGCAUAACAAUAUACAUUGCUGUUGGAUCAACUAUUUUAGUUGUUUUUGUUGGUGUUUUGGUGUAUGUUGUGAAAAGACACCGUGGGAACAGAGCUACGCAGCAGCCUGUAAUGAAGAAUGAAAUGAAGACAAUCCCAGAGAGUAAAGAAGAGAAAGGCUUUGAUGAAGAUAUUUACACAAACUGCCCAGACGGUGGUGAUUAUGACAACUGUCGUUAUGUGGGAACAUUGUCAUGCAACAGCGCCUUGGAAGAUGAAUCAAUCUAUGCUAACGCUUGACGGAACAUGCUGCCCUACCAGAAUUAACAUAGGCUGGGAAAGACCAAAAAAGGCAAACACAUCUGUUGACUUGUUAUGUGCUGGAAAUUUUCAAUGCUAAAAAAGGUCAUGCAACUGAACAAAAAAAAAAAAAAAAAAAAAAAAAACUUGCUAUGUGUUAAGAUCAUAGGCCUAUAUUUGAAAGCUUUUAAGAAUGUAAUGUAGGCUAUAACGUGUUUGUGCAUAGAGUUUCAAUUUAGUUUAAGUGUCAUCAAACUAAAAAAAAAAAACAAGAAUUACAGUAGUAAAAUUUUUGAAAUGCCUGUAAACUAAAAAAAUACAGUAAGAACAAGUUAAUACUGCAUUAAUAUAUUCAUGUUCAGUAGUAUUGGAUGGCUUGAAUGUUAAACCAAUUCCUCAUACUGUGCAAUCUGCAAUAAGCUGACUAUGUUAGAAAUUUGCUUUUAUGUUCAAUUCUAUCCACUGUGACGCUUUCAUUCAUUUACUUUUCCAAGUAAAAAUAAGGCAUUUUCAAGGAAAGGCUAAAUUGGGGACUAGUGUGUUUGUGAAAUGAGUUUAACAGCAGUUUAACAUCACGUUCCCCAAUUCUACACCAACUAGCACAGACUAUGUUGUUCCCAAUUGAACAUUUCUGUAAAAAAAAAAAAAAAAGAGGUUUCAUUUCCUUUUCUUAUUGAUAACAAAACGAAACACUUAUAAACACUGUUCUUGUGAAAUGAAAGUUAAAGAAUAAAAGUUCCAAAGGUUGUUUGUAUCUUGUUUGACAGGAAAAGUGUAGUUUCAUGAAAGGGUGUUUGUUGGUGUGUUCUUUAGCUAACAGCACGCAAUAUGACCACAUGUAGUGGGACAUCUCACCUUCCGAUAAAAUGUAUAUAUUUCACAUAUUUGCAAUAUUUGGAGGGGACUUAUGUGUUAAAGUUGUUGUUAAAUGUCAGCUUAAUACUGUCAUGUAUUCUCUGUGUCUGGGUACACAGACUUUUAUUUUGAUAUCAUUUUGUCUUACUUUGCCUGUGUUCAGUACAGGUGUUUUUGUUGCCAUCGUCGUUCAUCAUUGAUUAGAGUCUCACCUGUCCCUCAUUAUCAGUGUGUAUAUAUACCAUCAGUUAGCUUCUGUAAUGUUGCUACCUGAAUCUUACUUGAUUGUAUGCUGGAUCAUCUCUGUUUGUUUCUUUUCAAUUAAAUAAUCUUAACUGAA